GCUUUGCACCCGCGCCGCUCAGCGAAUACGCGGAGAUGCGCAACGAUCUCUGUGGCUGCAUGGGCCGCAUCCUGACGGACGACGCGCCGCACCGCAAGCUCGCGACCAUCGACGUGCGCCACGCGCGCACGGACACGCUCGACGGCGAGGACUACUACCACGACGACUACCACUACGCCUACCAGCACUUCGUCCACAUCGUGCCCACGAAGUACAACCUCGGCGUCUUCUGGCGCGACCGCUUCGCGGCCUUCCAGACGCUCCACAGCCACCACCUCCUCAAGUACGCCGAGCACGUCCCGCCGGAGGCGCGCUUCUCCUACGACAUCUCGCCCAUGGCCGUCGUCGUCGACACGGUCCGCGUCAAGUGGUACGACUUCCUCACGUCCCUCCUCGCGAUCGUCGGCGGCACCUUCGCCCUCUUCAAGCUGGCCAACGACACCGCGGCGCGGCUCUUCUAG